AUGUCUAAGCCUCACUACGUGGAAUCCCAUCGCCACUACUCCUACUUCGAAGCAUCAUUUCCACCACCAAACACUUCCUUCCGACCCAUACAAACACGCACUUGGACGCACAACAGCCCAGCAAGAAUACCACAGUACAAUCACCCAUCACACAAGAACGAUCCUAGAAAGGCGGCAAUCAAACACGUGCACUUCGACCUGCCUGGUUCGCGGCAAAACACAGUCAAGAUAGCCAUCGAACAAAGCCAACAAGACAUGCAACAACAAAACCCAAAACAGCAAGAGAGAACCGAACGACCACCUCUAUACCGCCAACCCACCCCUUUACCUCAAAAACUCAAAGACCACGCAUUACGACCUUGCUAUCCAUCUCCCCCAUACAACCACACCACCCACCAGCACCAGCAUCACCACCAACACCAACUUCAACAAAUCAACAACACCACGUCUACCAUCCUCCCCCCGACAAUCUACAUAAUCUCCUACUCCACCGACCUCACCCGCACAGAAUCCGCAACCACCACCCUCCUCGCCUCCCAAGUCCCCCACCGCACCCCGCCAAUCCGCCACCUCUACACCAUCGACGCCCGCAACAUACAGCCCCCUUCUCCCUCCCUCUGCGCACGGUACUCCGGACUCGCCCCACUAAUUCAGGAUAUCGUCAUGCAAGAUGUGUGUGCUCAGAAUGCGGUGAGGACGGCGGUUAGGGAGUUGUUGCUGGGGUUUGGGAGUGGGGAGAAGAGGGGGAGGGGAGAGACGGAGAAGGAGGUCAGUAUGAGUGUUUGUUGUCACGCGGGGACGCAUCGGAGUGUGGCAAUUGCGGAACGGAUUGCGCAGUGUGUUAAGUGGGAGGUGGGCAGGAGGGGGGAUGGGGAGGGGGUGAGGGUUGUGUGUAGGCACGUUCAUCGGGUUAAGGGGAGGGAGGAUCCUUUUUGA